CGUACGGUGGGCGGGGAGGUCCAACCCGGAAGUGGAGCCCCAUGUGCCUCACCGGUUUGUUGUCACGUUUAGCUGUGAACCUGUGAACUGUUCCUGCGCCGCGUCGUCGUGAAACCGGGGUUUUCACACGUAGUUUAAAAUGAACUCCAAGUCAAACGGGGAAAAGGACGAAGAUCAAGUGUUUCUCGAACAGUUGUUGGACAAGUUUUAUGAGUUUGAUAAUGGACCUGCAUCAAAAAAGAAGCUCAAGAAGAAGAAGAGAAACCGGCGUGAGGAAGAUGAGGAGGAGGAGGAAGAAGAGUUCACUGCAGUGAAGGAUAUUUGUGUUGACACUAAAGAUGAGCAAGCAACAAAUACUGUUACUGAACAGCAGCAGCAACCGCAGACAGGUUCAGCCGUCCGGCAGGUGAGUCAGGUCGAGGUCGUGACUUAUCAAGAUUACAGAAAGAAACUGAAGACCAGUCAGACGCCAGCUUCAGACAAAACACCUGCUCCUCAGAUCCCGGAGAAGACACAAAGCGACUCGCUGGAUGAAAUCAAUUUAGAAAAGGCUCGGCUGGAGGUCCAUCGGUUCGGAAUCACCGGAUAUAAGAAGGAGCAGCAGCGUGUUUUUGAGAAGGACAGAGCCAUCAUGCUCGGAGCCCGACCUCCUAAGAAGGACUACGUCAACUACAAGCUGAUGCAGCGACAGAUUAAAGAGAAGAAGGAGAAAGCAAAAGAGGAAGUUCAGCCGGACUUGAAGAAAAAGAAGAAGACGAAGACGAAUAAUCAGAGGGACAGGAAGAAGGUGUCGUCCGGCUCUGGCUCCACCCCCUCGGGUCAGGUGGGGCGCUUUAAGAACGGGCUGCUGGUCCUGAGCUCCAAGGAGAUCCAGAAAAUUAAAGGCAACAAGAGAAGCAAAUAGGUUCGUUCUUGUGCUUCUGCUAAGAAACUGAAGCACAGGAAUGAAGAGGAACUGGACGAGAGCUGCUCCUGAUGUGACCCGUGAGGCUGAUUUCCUGAUUUCCUGACGUGUCGCUGGUCUGCGCUGGAAAUAUGGCGACGGCCUGACUGGCGACCGGCCGCUGAGUCAGAAAUCCAAUCUAUCGAUUCCCCCUGAAAUGGAGCCUGAGCGUUCCUGGGUGGGGCAGCACAUUAAUGCACGAGACUGGAGACUCUGCUGAAUCAUAUUCCAUCACAAUUUAUUUAUUUUUUGUUUUUAUAAAUGACCACAAAAAGAAAAAGAAAGACAUUUCUGCUGUUUUUUUUAAAUGAUGCAUUUCUCAUAUACAAACCAUGUCAGUCUUACAAAACAUUUAUAUUGGCAGGAAGAGAGGGACAGGAUGGAGGGAAAUCUUCAAAUUAGAAAUGUACACACAUGUUUUCCAUGAAGAAAGACACAUAUAAACACGUUGCCCAUGAGAAAGAGGAAGGGAUUUUGCCAGUGCAGCAGAUUCUCCGUUAUUCUAGAUGUAAACAUUGAGGUCUUCACAGAAACGAUAAAGACUUAUGGCGACAAACGGAACCUGCGAUCUGACCGUGUGCGUCUGAGGGUGAGGUCACAACUUCUCACACCGUUUUCCUAAAGCAGCUUUUUGCAUGUAGACAUUUCACCGAAGACGAGCGUGAGGAAAUCUGAAGUUUAUCUGCAGCACGUCGCUCGUCUCGAAGCUGUAAGCGCACGUUUGACUUUCCAGGUGGUUUUGCAGCCAGCGAGCAUCGUACAAAAAGAAAAAUAAAUAUGUAAUUCAGUAUAUUUACAUACUCAAGCGUAGAUAUAUUUUUUUUCCUCUGAUGUGUUGAAGGUAAAUAAAUAAUGGUGACAUGCUGUAUUGUCCCAGCACCACAUGUUGAGGUCAAAUAUGUCACAUUCGUGGGGGGGGGGGUAAAGGGACAUGCCGUACAAUACCACAUCUACACAGGAGUGACGAUGAUGUGAAUCAUUUUAAAUAUGUGAUCUUUGUCUGUUUUCAUAUAAAUAUCAUAUAAGAAACUCUUGAGUUCCUGAAGCUGCAGCAGUAUGGCUCAGUAUAAAGUUUUAUUUCCUCCAGUGAAGAUUUCCUAAGUUUUGUUUUGACAUCGACGCAGCCGGCGGACACGUCACCUCAAAACACCCGGACGUGCAGAAUUUAAGGAGAGAGAUUAUCCAGAUUUCAUGAUUGAUGUCUCACUUUGCUCGUGGGCUCUGAAAAUCUAUUCCUGGUCUCAGAGGAGUGAACCUCAGGGCAGGUUUCUCCUCUGAUGGGGGGGGGGGCGCUCACUGUUGUAGAGCAGAACAACCAGGAAGCCUCACAUGAUGCAAAUGUAGCCCUUAGGUGGUAACUGGCAGUCUGGCACAUGUCAGAAAGAGAAAAAUCCCCUUUGGCAGAAAGUUGGAUGUGAUUUCUGCGUCAGGAGAAACUAAGUCUGACUGGGAAAAGGAAAGAUGGUAUAUGUAAAUUGAGAUUAGAAAAUAAAUGCAAUUAAAUUUC